UACGAGUUUACGUCACAUCCUGCCAGCCUCUUUCUCCUUCCUGCGCGCAACAUGGCACCGAAUAAGACACUGAAGAAGCCAGCUGUGGGCAAACGGUCCAAAAAGGGCGCUGUGUGGAAGUUCACACUAGACCUGACACAUCCAGUGGAGGAUGGCAUCCUCGACUCCUCCAACUUUGAGACCUUCCUCAAAGAAAGGAUCAAGGUCAACGGGAAGACGGGGAACCUGGGAAAUGUAGUCCAGGUUGGGCGCAUGAAGAACAAGAUCAACGUCACGUCUGAAAAGCAGUUUUCCAAAAGGUACCUGAAGUAUCUCACUAAAAAGUACCUUAAGAAGAAUAACCUGCGUGACUGGCUGCGUGUGGUGUCCUCAGACAAAGAGACGUAUGAGCUGCGAUACUUCCAGAUCAGCCAAGACGAUGACGAGUCUGAGGCUGACGAGUGAAACUAAAACUAUCAAUAAAAACAAGGAAAUUAA